AUGCAGCCGAUAUCAACCGAGAACGUCGUGAUUAACGGGAGCCGCAUUGCCUACGGCGUCUUCGGUGCCGGGGACCCAGUCGUCCUACUGCACGGGACUCCUUCGUCGUCCCUCAUCUGGCGCAACAUCGUGCCCCGUCUGGUUGCUGCCGGCUAUAAGACACACGUCUUCGAUCUACUUGGGUACGGGGUUUCGGAGCGGCCGUGGGAUGUGGCCAUUGAUACGUCCAUCUCCGGCCAAGUCUCGGUCCUUGAAGGGCUACUCGCCCACUGGGACCUGGAGACAGCGCAUAUCGUAGCGCACGAUAUCGGAGGAGGGAUUGCCCAACGCUUCGCGGUCUUCUCGCCGGAACGCGUGCGCUCGCUGACGCUUAUCGAUGUGGUGAGCUUAAACAGCUACCCGUCGAAGCGCACCAAGGAGCAAAUGAAGAAGGGACUCGAACCCUUGAUCAAGGCAGACGGCAAGGAACACCGCGCACAUUUCAGAGAGUGGCUUCUUUCCGCGGUUCACGACAAGCAGAAACUCGCUGAUUCCAGUCUCGACACCUUCUUGGAUUAUAUUUCUGGGCCAAUUGGCCAGCCCAGCUUGUUCCAACACCAAGUCCGACAUUACGAUCCCAAGCACACAAUGGAAAUCGGAGACCGCCUUCAUGAGCUGGGAAAACUACCGGUGAAGCUGUUAUGGGGCGCCGACGAUGCCUGGCAGGUCAUGGACUGGGCACACAAGCUGAAAGGGGCAAUUCCUGGCUCUGAGCUAGACAUCAUACAGGACUGCGGACAUUUCUCGUUGGAAGAUCAACCGGAGGUUAUUUCUGGACAUAUCAUUGCGUUCCUGGAGAAGAACUCCCAGUCCGCCCGGGGACGAAUGGGUUAUGCAAAGCCAGAUGAGAGGUAG